AUGGUUUGUGGAGGUUUUGCUGCUCUGUUGAACUAUGCAGAUUAUUGUGUCAUUAUUACAGAUAAUGGAUUUGAUGCAUUAUUUGCAGCAAAUCGUAUUACUGCUUCUAUCAGGGAAAAAGCUCAUACACAUCCACUACGAUUUGCAGGUUUGGUUGGAAAUCGUACAUCUAAAAGAGAUCUUAUCAAUAAAUAUGUAGAAGCCUAUCCAAUGCCCGUAAUAGAAGUGUUACCUCUUAUUGAAGAUAUUCGAGUUUUGAGAGUCAAGGGCAAAACCUCAAUUGAAAUGGUUGGAUCUGAACCAUCACUUAACUAUGUAUGUGAAUAUUAUUUAGACAUAGCGGAUCAAAUAUUUUCCCAACCAGAAGUGAAAAUUGAUGAAACUCUCACUGUCAAAUGUGAGACAGAACCUCGCUAUGCAAUGGCAGAAUUGGAAGAAGGAGAUAUCUCGGCUCAAUUGAAUGAUUAUGAAGGAUUAAAAAAACUUUGUAUGGCACCCAAGCUAGAAUGGGAAAUUGGAAUCCCAAUUCUAGUGGCAAGAGUGAAUGGACUCGAUUAUACUUUUACUCAAGGAGAAGAUACUGUGUUAGCUGUGAUGGCACAUCAUUGUCCAGAACCAGAAUUCUCUGUUUGUGAACGAAAAUAA